GAGAGAUAUUAUCCGGCCUUCAGUUGACGUUGUUUACCUUCUGGGCGAAUACGACAGCAGGCAAUAAAAAUUGUUCCAGAAGAGUGUUACCUUAUCCAAAGACUUCACUCAACGAAAGCCCCAGUGACGCACAUAAAGAUUCUGUCGACCUCGACCCGCUGAAGAAAACAAAAUACAGAUCCUUCUGAAGAAAUGACGUUCGUCUACACUGUAUUUUUUAUUGAAUGGGAAACAUGUAAAGAUUUCUUACGAGACAUACGAUUCCCUACGCGAAGUCAAAUUGAGGUUCAUGUGUUUCACCGUAAAGAUACCGACCAAAAUCAGCUUCGCAGCAUGAUUCCCGACAAAAGGCACCACGACGGCCGUCCAAUCAUCAUGAAGCACUCUUCACUGACAUCAUUUCCGAAUGCUGUCGAAGAUUUGCUCGUCUACUACGCGAGUUCGUUCGAUUUUUCAAGGCAUAAGAAACCCGAUGUUUACUUGGUCUCAGGCCAGGGUCGGCGCUACGAAGAGUUAGCGAAGAUCUUACGAAAAGACAAAAGAGUGUCGGCAUGGGUUAUCGACGGGAGAAGGACAACAGUUCUUGACUGGCUCGAUGCCAACUGUGUUUGCAAAAUGUGCAAGUUUAUAUUCGAAUCUGCACAUGAAGGAGUUCAGCAUUACGAUGAGUUUCAUAUGAAGUAAACGGACACGUGGAAAGGAUUAAACCAGAAAACAAGAAAAAAAAACUCUCCGCUGACGAUUUUCCCGUUGUGCGGGCUAAGAGAA